CCAAUAUAUUCAUCUCUCUCUUAUAAACCAUAUCAAAACAAUGAUUCCUACAGAAACCACCGGUUACUAUCAAUAUCUAUCGCCGGAGAACUUAAUCCCGGCGGAAUUCAACAUAAUAAACAUGCCCUCAUCUCCAACAUCUUCCUCUUCAUUAAACUACCUAAACGAUCUCAUCAUCAUCAACAACAACUAUUCCUUAGCAUCCAACGGUCAAGAUCUCAUCAUGAGCAACAACUCAACUUCUGACGAAGACCAUCAUCAGAGCAUCAUGGCACUCAACGAGAGGAAACAAAAGAGAAUGCUAUCAAACAGAGAGUCCGCGAGGAGAUCUAGGAUGAGGAAACAGAGACAUCUUGAUGAACUCUGGUCUCAGGUGAUAAGGCUUCGCAACGAGAACAACUGUCUUAUCGAUAAGCUGAUGCAAGUAUCAGAUACUCAAGAUAACGUAUUGAAAGAAAACUCUAAACUCAAAGAAGAGGUUUCUGAUCUUCGACGGCUUGUAUCUGAACUGAAAUCAAACAAGGACAGCAGUUUACUAAGACAGUUCGAAGAAGUUUAGUAUUUCUUCUAAUUAAAUCGGAGGGUUAGAGAUUUGGGCUUUGUGUUAUCAUAUUGCGUUUUGGUUGAUUCUCGAAUGUAAGGUCGGUAACGAUCAU